AUGGCACCGUCAUGGCUUGCUGUCGCUUUAAUGCUCCUCGGGGAGACUUUCGCAGCCCAGCUACCCCUUGCCCAGCCUGCCCAGAAGUCCCCGGCUAUUUCGGACAAGGAGCUGGUCAGCUCCUCAUCUCUGCAGGAUCAUAUCGACGCGGAUAACCUGCUUGAGCGAGCGAAGAAGCUGUACAGCAUCGCUGAGCUGUCUUUUGACGAGUAUGGACACCCGACGCGGGUAAUUGGGAGCAAAGGUCAUUUGGCGACGCUUGACUAUAUUUACUCGACCCUGACCACGCUGGACGACUAUUAUACCGUUUCCAACCAGACCUUCCCCGCCGUUGUCGGUAAUGUGGACGAGUCGCGGCUUGUGCUGGGCCAGGAAGUGCCCAAGUCUGCGCGCCCGAUGUCGCUGACGCCCCCAACCAAGAACAAGCAACCUGUGUACGCACCAGUCGUGCUCGUUUCGAACCUCGGAUGCGAUGCGUCAGACUACCCACAAGGAACCACUGGGGCUAUCGCCCUGAUCAGUCGAGGUGGCUGUGCGUUCGGCACCAAAUCCGCUCUAGCAGGAGAAGCCGGUGCCGUGGCCGCGGUGGUGUACAACAACGAGAAAGGCUCUCUCAGUGGCACCUUGGGUACCCCGUCACCCCAUCAUGUUGCCACAUUUGGCAUCUCCGAUACCGAUGCUGCGCCGUACAUUGAGAAGCUGAAGGGCGGAGAGAAGGUCGAUGGCAUUGCGUACAUGGAUGCAGUCGUCAACACCAUCUAUACCGACAACAUUAUUGCGCAGACCAAGCAGGGCGACCCAGAAAACUGUGUGAUGCUGGGUGGUCAUAGCGAUAGUGUCACGGAAGGACCGGGAAUCAACGAUGACGGCUCCGGGUCUCUGACCCUUCUCGAGGUUGCAACACACCUCACCAAGUACAGUGUCAACAACUGCGUACGCUUUGCGUGGUGGGCUGGCGAGGAGGAGGGUCUGCUCGGGUCAGACUACUAUGUCGAUCAGCUCACUCCGGAAGAGAAUAUGAAGAUCCGGCUGUUCAUGGACUACGACAUGCUCGCCUCACCGAACUUUGCCUACCAGGUCUACAAUGCUACUAAUGCUGAGAACCCUGUUGGCUCGGAGGAGCUUCGGGAGUUGUAUGUUGACUUCUACAAAUCCAAUGGAGAGAACUUCACCUUUAUUCCGUUUGACGGCAGAAGCGACUACGAUGCGUUUAUCCGGAAUGGAAUCCCUGGAGGUGGCAUUGCCACUGGUGCCGAGGGAGUGAAGACGGAGGAAGAGAAGGAAAUGUUUGGUGGAGUGGCUGGCGACUGGUUUGACCCGUGUUAUCAUCAAAUCUGCGAUACUGUGGCGAAUGUGAACCUCACUGCUUGGGAGCUGAACACCAAGCUCAUUGCUCACUCCGUGGCCACGUACGCGGUAUCUUUCGAGGGUUUCCCCAUCAGAACAGAAAGCGCCAUGCAUUCAUUUGAUGAUAAGGAGCGCAAGUAUCACGGGCCUAAGCUGUUGCAGUGA